UGCUGUUUGUGAGGAGACAGUAGACGGAAGAAGAGGCCUACGCGCGCCUGUACACACCAACGAGGACAGAGGAAAAUUAUACGAGCGAAAGACAGAGCGAGAAAGAACGAUAGAAAGAGUGAGAGACAGAGAAGAAGAGAAGUGGGACGACUCAACAGACAGGGAAAAAAACAGAAGGAGAGACAAAAGAUAAUUGGUGAUGAUUUUUCGCGAUCUAGCAAAGUGUGAUUUAUAAAUUAUAUUUAUUUUCUCUUCUCUUCUCUCUCUCUCUCUCUUUCUCUCUCUCUCUGUCUCGACCCAUUAAAAUUGAAAUAGAGCGAGAAUGAAAAAGAAACUCGAAGAAAUCAAUGAUGACGUAAGAGACCGAGAAAUUAGAAAAACACGAGCUUCCACGGAAGAAGAGAAGAACGGCGUGUCGAGAAGAGAACUCGGAGCGAAAAAUGAAACGGGCGACGAACGCGAAGGAAGAAGGCAACGACGAUUCGAGAGACACAGGGCACGGUGAUAAGGAGGACGAGGAAAGGGGGAUCCGAAACAGGCGAAAGGUAUAUGAGAACGAGGUGGAGGAGGUAGCGGAGGAGGAAGUGGAGGAAGAGGUGCAAGAGGAGGUAAAGAAGGCGAAUGGCAGCGUACACACGGGAGAGAAGAACUCGAUGCCUGAAAACGGGGGUGGGGAAGAGUACCGUUGCUCCUGUCGAUGGGGAAUGCCGGCACAAGCCCGCACGAACGAAACGAAUAGCCGCCUGUGCGCCUUGCGCGAGUAAGUGCUAACACGGGAGAGAGAAUCAACAGGCAAGGAAAGGCGGCAAUGUGAACGCGGAGAAGAACGAACGGAGAGAACGAAGAAACGAGCGAACAAACGUAACGACGAACAAACGUGCGAAAGGAAGAAGUAGAGAGAGGCAACGCGAGGUGUUCACCAUAGUGCCGUAGAAAGAGAACAGAAACUCUUGCUUUAAGAGUCAGCCCCAUCGUGAUCGUGGCAUUGCCUCCUCUUCCUUCCUCGGUCCCCUCCACAUACGCACAACACAUAUGCAUCCGCAACCGCGAUACAUGCGGCUUACCUGUGUGGUCGGUCACACACACGCGCGCAAGAAGAUUCACCUAGACUCACCUCAGCCACUUCUGAUACCCGUCAGUUGAAACCACGCGGCUUAGCACGGUGUACACGACCGUGUACGUCAAGGACGAAGCGGUCCUCUUCGACUGCCGAAUUAAGAGAAAAAAAGAAAAGAGAGAGAGAGAAAGAGAGAGAGAGAGAGAAACAGCGCGAGAGAGGAGAGAGGUCCUAAAGCGCGCGAUUACGAGAGGGCCGCACUCCCAGUUCGACCGCCACCUCGUGACCGGCAAACACGCCGCGCGUUUACGUUGAAAACAGAGUGUAGAAAAUACUGAACAUUAGUGACAUUGAGAAACAAAAUAUCGUUUAUUUUCUAGUUAGUGUCAAGAAUUCGUAGAACCAAUUAAGGAUUGUCUACAGUGAACAAGUAGUUGGACAGCACCGGAUAUGUCAGUGGCUUUAAUGUGUGAACUUUGAUAGUUCUGUCGUGAGAGGAUUCAUCGUCUUCCGGGCAGACAGGAGUCGCACAAAAGAAGGAUGGAGGCCAGCGAGUGGGAUCACGCGACCUUGAGGGAGGAAGAAUUCGAGCAACAUGCCGUAUAUUUGGUACCGGAUGUGGCGGCAUCGCCAGGCGAUACCAAUCGUGCGGAGGCGUCCUUGCCGCGGAACCUGGUCCUCAAGCCCUCUCAGGCCCUCAACGAUGUACGUUCUUCUGCAAAAGAAUCCUAUCUCGAGACCUCUUCGGUGUUGGGUGUGUGGAGUACCAGUUACAUCCCCAAAGGGACACGUUUCGGGCCUCUGGUCGGUCAGGUGUACACGAAGGAUUCGGUACCGGCAGAUGCGAACCGGAAGUACUUCUGGCGGGUAUACAAGAACAACGAGCUGUUCUACUACAUCGACGGUUAUGACGUCCAGAAAUCGAAUUGGAUGCGUUACGUGAAUCCCGCCUACUCGUCCGAAUCGCAAAACCUAAUAGCAUGUCAGUAUAAGAUGAACAUUUAUUUUUACACGAUCAAGCCGAUACUACCGAAUCAAGAGUUAUUGGUUUGGUACUGCAGAGAGUUCGCGGAAAGGCUCAAUUAUCCGCUCACUGGUGAACUAAUGCUUCAGAGAAUACGACAACAAGUUCAACAAUCGGCGAUACCAACAGAAAUCCCACCCACCGUCGACAUAGUGACACCUCUGAAAGACUCGUCGAUCUACGAAAGGCGCCAGAUGACGCCGACGGACGGAUCCGUGAGGUCGGACGAGGGUUAUCACUCGAACGGUUACCACGACGAGAUAUUGACGCCGCCCGAGGAAAGCAGCGAGUCCGACAGCGAAAACAACUACGUGUUGGAUUUCAGCAAAAAUGCCAAGUCGUCGGUGUGCAACGACGAGAUCUUGAAGCAAGACAAUUCUGUGGCUAAGAACGAGUACAGAAAGGUCAAGAUUAAGAUCUCCAAGACUUACGGCAAUUUUCAGACGACGAAGAGCAUACCCGACGGUCCGACGAAGGACAAGGAUCAGGAGCUGUCCAACGGAACGGUCACUCCGGAACUACAAAAGCCGGUAUCACCCAUAAUUCUGCAGAAGAGCACGGUGCUGUCGACCGGAAACGAGGAUGAGAUAUCCGAGAAGAAUCAGAAACCGUUCUACGAACCGGAGGUCAAGGGUGGCACCGUGCCAAUGUCCGGCAGAUCCGCCUACUUGACCAACCCUAGUAGUUCUAUUCUAGAAAAUAUUCUGCUACGCAGUAGCACGGAUAACAAUAAUAACAGCCACAGUCACCAUCAUCACAACGGUGGGUCGCAACAGCAUCAUCAACAUCACCAAAUGCAUCAUCAGACCCACGUGGAUUCUGUGACACCGCCACCUUCAAGCCCCACCGAAAUGGCGUACUCCUAUAAAAAAUCGCAUCGUUAUGGCAACAUUCUACCCUGCAGCCCGGACUCUAGUUCGAACCUGCCCCUGCAGACGGACUCGUGCGUGAACUCGACCAGCGGUAACGCGCUACCCAGUAUGCAAAGUCCCACCGGCAAUUUGCACUCCAGCACAGGAGGAGGAUUGCACUCGAGUACCGGAGCGAGCAGCGGCAGCUUGCCGCCGCAUCCCGGUAGUAUACACUCGUCCAGCAACGCCGCGAGCGCUAUUCAUUCCAACACGAGCAUGCUGUCGUCCAGCACGAUACUGACGUCCACCAGCAAUCCGCACCCAGCGUCCACGACGGUGAACGGUUGUCCGCUCAAGCGAAAGACCAAGUCGCCGUCGCCGUCGUCAGGUCACAACAGCGUCUCCACUCCGACGACGAUUCUCUACUCCGGCAACUCGGCGGGCACUGGCUGCCAGAUCGAGUCUGCCAGUCCGGUCUAUCCAAACGGCGGCAGCAGUAGCAGCAGCAGUAGCAGUAGCGCUAGUAGUAAUCAGAGCGUUUCACCGAUCUCGCCAAUCCAGUCCCCCUCGUCCUACAGUCCGUACGGCAAUCUGUAUGCUCAUCAAAACGGCUCGUUGCACCACAACGUGGGCGCGCCGUUGUCCAUCAAUUGCAACGCUUACUCGCCCACGCCGAGCGGUAACGUCGUCUACGAGAGAUCCGCGGACAACAGGCGACUAGAGGCUGCCACCAGCAGUGGCCAUCAAUUGCCCACCUCGUCGACCAUGCAAAUGGACGGCAACCAAGCGCUGAUCGCCGGCACGCACAAUCUUCACCUAAGUCAUCAUCCAGGUCUCACCAUUCACCCUAACUCCUCAUCGUCCCUCAACAGAUACUCGCCAGCGAGCUCCCUGUCGCCGGACGAUCACGGCUGCUCCCAGAGUGGUUCCCUCAGUCCCAAUUCCCAGGGCUCGAGGGGCUACAGGUCGCUGCCUUACCCGCUCAAAAAGAAGGACGGCAAGAUGCAUUAUGAGUGUAACGUCUGCUGCAAGACUUUCGGUCAGUUGUCGAAUCUUAAAGUGCAUCUCAGAACACAUUCCGGCGAAAGGCCUUUUAAGUGCAAUGUCUGCACCAAGAGCUUCACCCAGCUCGCGCAUCUUCAAAAGCAUCAUCUCGUACAUACUGGUGAAAAGCCACAUCAAUGUGAGAUUUGCAAAAAGAGGUUCAGCUCGACCUCGAAUCUAAAGACUCACCUCAGACUGCACUCCGGCCAAAAGCCGUACGCCUGCGAUCUCUGUCCCGCCAAGUUUACACAGUUUGUUCACUUGAAACUACAUAAGAGGCUGCACACGAACGAACGACCGUACACCUGUCAAGGUUGCGACAAGAAGUACAUUAGCGCGAGCGGUCUCCGAACUCAUUGGAAAACAACGAGCUGCAGGCCGAAUAACAUCGAGGAUGAACUUGCGCUCGCAGCUGUGGGUUCGCCGACGUAUUACGAGUUCGGUCCUGACAUGAAUGUUGGAAACAUGCCGAAGGAAUGCGAGCUGGAACACAUCGAUAAUUACGACAGGCACGGAUCGGCGCAUGGUCCGCACUCUACGUCCCUCCAUAAUCUGGAAAAUUCCGUAGGUCGGCCAAGCGUUAUAGAAACGUCUCAGCCACACAUUAUCGAGUGUACAUAAGCCGCAUGAUAUCAAUCCUCUUUUCAUUUCGGCGCGAAAUGCAGCCGUGGAAAUGCAAACGACUUAUACUUGAGACAGAAUAAACAGAACGAGAAAACGUCUCUCUUCUCUGGGAAAUGGUAGCAAGGUGAAAAAAAAAAAAACAGAACUUUCACGCAUUACAAGAGAAAUGUGUUCGCAAAAUCUCUUUUUCGAUUUCUUAGCGGUCACUUCGAACUUUGUUGUUUCAGUAUCGAGGCGACACAAGAAAAAUGGAUUUUUUCGAGGGUGGGUUUACGAGGUUCUGUAUAAGAGACGCAUAAAGUUCCUCUUCCUUGUAUAUAAUCAUUUCUAUAUUUUUUCUAUAGUAGCGUUAUAUAUCGACAAAAGAGAUAGUGUUAUAUAAUAUCGGUAGUGGUAAUUAAACUUAAUUAAUAUACGAUGAAGGUUGUACAGCUACUAUUCCGAGAGAAGAGUCGGAAAAUCGCAUAAACAAUCGUACCAAAGUCGCUAGUUUUUCGAUUACAUUUCCACGAUGCAUCUUAGAAGAAACACACACACACACACCGAAGACGCAUCGUGACUAUGCAACGAAUUCCUAACGACUUGCAUAUGUUCACUCCGAAAUAAUCUCAGCUGAGUUCACACAAUGGCGCGAUCUUGUAAAAAUUGUCCGCAUCUUUUUUACAUAAAGUUAUGAUAAUUUUAUACACUUUGUUUUUUGAGAAAAACAAAAUAAAAUCGUUAAAUUUAUGCAAAAAGUUCAUGCAAAAAUUAUACACGUUAUGAAGAAACUGCAUUUCAACCAACUUUACAAAACUCUCAUCUAUACAGACCGCAAGGUUCAUUUAAAAAAUCCAAAACUGACUUUUUAUCGUUACAGAUUGUUAGUAGUUUUUCGGAAACUAUGUCACGACGCGAUCUUCGACGUGAGCUUAAGGCUUAGGUUGGCGCGUAAAAUGGCGGAUUUUGUCGGCACCCGCCAUGGUGUUCGAGUACCAAUAUUGAAAGAAUAGGGGAGACCCGAACAACAAACAGUGACGACAUGACUGCAACUAUACGAGACCUGUACCUGUAUAUAUUAAUACUAUUAUUAAUUAUUCAAUAAUUUAAAAAAAAUUAAUAUAAGGAACUCUAAUUUAUGAACACCUUUAUAUAUAUACAAAUAAUUAUAUAUACAUCUAUGUAUAUAAAAAUCAGCGUGUGCGCACAUGUAUAUGCGGGUAUGUGUGUGCACUUGCGAUAUACGCACGUACAUACAUGUGAACACACUGUCGAUUAGCGGACGGUAGGCUGCGCUUUUUACACAUCUCUUUAGAAUAUAUUAAAGUGUUUUUUUUUUUAAAUAAUAUAUAUUUAUAUUUAUUUUAUUAUGAAUAAUUUAUUGGCGUGUGCGUGAAAAGAACCCAGUGAGAUUAUUGACAAUUUUCAUCUCUUUCUUUUGCUUACUUGCUUUAUUAGCUUUAGUGUAUAGAGAGCGAUAUAUUUGUUUCGUAAAAAAGGGAAGAUUUGUUUCUUAAUGAACGAGUCAAUGCUCCGCCCUCUGUAUUUUAUUACGUACUCGUGUAAGUCUUCAUAUACUUUGAUACCGAUGUUUCACGAACAUUUCAUCAAGGUGAGUAGCCUGAUAUUGAUUUAUUACAUAACGUUUAAAUUAAAGAGAGAUAUAUAUAUGUUAUGUUAUUUUAUAUUGUGUUAAAUAAUUUGAAAUUUUGUCAGAAACCUAUUUAUAACGAAACAUGUUAUCAUUGGAUUUAAUUAAUUGCAGAAUGUAAAGCUAUAAAAAGUAAUGAUAUUUAAGUUUUUGCACCGCAAUAAUUUUAAUCACACGCGUUGUACAUUUCCGUUAAUUUUUACUUUCUCAUUUCUUGGUCGAAAUAUGUGUAAUAGUAAUAUUAUUGGUCUUCAAUUAGGUCUUAGUACCUGAGUGUCUUUUUACUCUCAGUACUUUAAAUCGGUCCUCUCUUCAUAAAUUUAACAUUUUACAACUUGAACAAAACGCACACAUUUCGUAAAACUGAACUGCGUAAAAAUUUUUCUCUCUAUGUGCUUCGAAAAAAAGCUUCAUCCGUACUUGUAUAUUUAAUCAAAAAUUUAAACAAAACAGAUUAAGGAAACAUAAGUUGUAAGAAAAUCUAGUCAAAACGGAAGAAAUUAUAGUGCAAUUUAUAUAGCGUCUCUCUUUUCUGUCUUAAAAAAGAGAAAAGAUAUAUAUAUUUUUUGAAAUCGUAUCAAGAUUC